AUGGGGGCUUAUAAAUAUAUUCAAGAGCUUUAUAGAAAAAAACAGAGUGAUGUUAUGCGAUAUUUGCUUCGUAUAAGAUGCUGGCAAUAUAGACAAAUGACAAAACUUCACAGAGCUCCUAGACCUUCUCGUCCAGAUAAAGCUCGAAGACUUGGUUACAGAGCUAAGCAAGGUUAUGUAAUUUUCCGCGUUCGAGUACGAAGAGGAGGAAGAAAACGUCCUGUACCAAAGGGUGCUACUUAUGGUAAACCCAAAAGUCAUGGAGUUAAUCAAUUGAAACCUACCAGAGGUCUUCAAUCUGUGGCUGAGGAAAGAGUCGGUAGAAGGUGUGGUGGCUUAAGAGUAUUAAAUUCAUAUUGGGUCGCCCAAGAUUCUACAUAUAAAUACUAUGAAGUUAUUUUGGUUGAUCCCGCUCACAAAGCCAUUCGUCGCGAUGCUAAAGCUAACUGGAUAUGCAAUGCUGUUCACAAACACCGUGAAUUGCGGGGUAAAACAUCAGCUGGUAGAAAAUCACGUGGCCUUGGAAAAGGUCAUUUGUACUCUCAAACAAUUGGUGGCUCUAGAAAGGCUGCUUGGAGAAGGAGAAACACUCUUCAACUUAGAAGAAAACGAUGA